AUGGCGUCAAUAAAACCAGAUCACACAGUAGCUUACAAGAACGUGGGCUCCCUUGAAAUUCCAAUGGACAUUUAUUUGCCGGAAAAGGCAACAAACGCACCGGUCUUGCUAUGGUUUCAUGGUGGUGGUUUGCUACAAGGACGCCGCGAUUUGAUUGCGCCUCAUAUGCGGCGUGGUGUACAAACUUACGGCUUCGUUUGUGUCUCAGCUGACUAUCGUCUGACACCACAAGUUAGCGUCGGAGAAGUCUUUGAAGAUGUGAAAGACUGCAUUCAAUUCAUACGUAAUGAUAUCUCAGCCAUCCUAGGAGAGGGUGUCGUUGAUGGGUCUCGUAUUGCCGUGUCUGGAAGCUCAGCAGGAGGAUUUCUCACUCUUCUCGCUGGUCUCUACAUCGAUCCCAAACCGCAGGUUAUCAUACCCAUCUACCCGAUCACGGAUCCUCUAGGCACUUUCUUCACAACCCCUCAGCCUGCACCAAAUGGACGGUAUUCUGCAACUAAAGAAGAAAUGGCGCCGUAUCUCGACGUCAACGCACCACCGACGGUCAACUGUGGGAAAGUCCCGGAUGAUCCCCAAAGCCACAUGUAUGUUUACAUGUUGCGAACAGCGAGUCUAGCGCAGCUCUGGGGUAUAGGAGAGGACGAAAGUGCUGCAGCCCCUUAUCGGGUAUCACGCAGAAUUUAUGAGCACGGCUUGCCUCCGGCGUACAUUUUGCAUGGAGAUGCAGACACAGCCGUUGGCGUGGAGCAGUCAGAUGAAGUAGCCGGUGCAAUGAUGGGAUGUGGAUUGACAGUCGAAUACGAACGCCCUCAUGGUGAGGACCACUUUCUGGACAAUGGAGACGACUACCAAAAUAAGCGUCUCUAUGAAUUCAUCAUGCGAUAUUUGUAA